AUGGAACUAUCGGCAGAUUGUGAAGUCCUCUUCAAGACAAUGCCUGCUCGGUGGAACAACAUGAAGACCAAAGUUUCACUAGCAAAGCAGCGCCUAGGUCCCAGGAUACAGCAAGAAGCUGAUAGGGUGACACAGGUACAAUUUGGUUGAUAUUUCUCCAUCACAUGCUUUAAAAAGUGUAAACAAAUGGUGGGAAGUAUCAGUUUCUUCAUUUUUAAAAAUGUUUUUUAUUUGCACUGUCAAGAUUGCCUUGAGGCAUUGGUAUAACCUGAGCAGAGCCAUUAUUGAUGGGCAUCCAUAUAUGAAGUGACACAACAAUCACAAUAAAUGCAACUAAUAAUUAAAGGGACAAUAUACUAUAUUUAGGGCGAGAGGGCAGGGGGACUAAAUAGUGCUUUUAACAUUAUAAGAUCAGGAAUACAUAUUUGUGUUCCUGACCCUGUAGUGUUCCUUUAAAUUAACAGGCAAAUGCUUCUGUUUGUAUGGUUGCUGCGUCUAUUUGAAUGGCCACUGUAAAGUUGCUCCUAGCUAUAGACAUACCAAGUAGUAGUUAUAGUGGAUGUAUUUGACUAACAAUCCUGACUGACUAUCAAGCAAAGUCAGGUGAAAAUGAAGGCAAAAAUAAAGGCAUUUUAUGCUUAAAUAUUUAGCACAUGGUGCACCCAAGGUAGAAUUUGUUUUAUCUUAUAUUAUCAAUUGUUAUUCUUCUAAUCCAAUGGAAUAAUUUCUUCAAAAUAUGCAUUGUGUUAUUAGAAACAGGAAUAUAUUUGGGUUUAUUCUUUUUUCUUUAUGAGACAUGAAUGUUUACAGACUGAAUUAUUUCAUUUGUGUAUACAUUUUCUUGCAGGAUCUAAAACGGUUUCAGCACAAACUUGAUGCUCUCGGUCAGGAUAUUGAAACCUCUGAAGUAUACAUGUACAAAUGUACAUCACACGAAGCCUUUAGGGCCAUAGAACAUUUCAACACAGAUGUACAAAUUCUACAAAAUGAGGCAAAAGACUUGAAGGAACUUCAGGAGCUACUGGAAACCACUGUGGUUGACUUCUCCAUUUUGGCUAAGUAAGGUUUAAAAACCUCAUUAAUGUCUCUAAAUUUAGUCAAUAGAUGUAUGUUUUAUUUGCUUUUUGACUGGUGUAUGCAAUUAUAAUACUACAUUGAGCAAUUUUGGAAACAUUUUAAUCAGAGGCUCACAUUGUUUAAAAAAAUAUUGUAAAAAUUAAUAAAAAAUUGCAAGCUCUUAAAGUCUCAUAAUAAUAUAUUUAUAUAGGCAUCAUGCAAAUAAAUGUAGUAAGUAAUGUCAUGAUCUGUUAGUUCAUGCAAAGUUGAUGUUGGUUCACACAUUAGUUAUUUUACCUGAAAAUAACAUUUUAGAUCACUACAUCUAUAAACCAAAGUAUUACCUUAUUAAUAAAUCCAUAAUAGCUGCUGUUCUGCAGUAUUUUUGUUGCACACCAGACAUAUGCUAAUGUUGCCUUUUGCAGCUGUGAAGAAUUACUACAGAAACUCAGCCUUGUAUGGCAGCAUGUGAAUUCAAUCCUUAAAGAGCAAGACACCUGGAAGAAAGAGGUAUGGCAGAACAUGAACACAGAACAACUCUAUCGGAGGACCAACCACCACCUGGAACUUCUGAAGGCCCUUCCAGAAGAGGUCCAGGAAUGGGAUGUCUAUAAACACACACUGGAAGCUGUUAAUAUAAUGCAUGUACGUAUCAUGAACACAUCAGUACAAUAGUUUAUUUCACUUUCUUUGCACAUGUUUCUGUGUAAUAUCAUAAUGAAAUGCAAUAAAAACAAAGAAGGUGGAGCAGCGCUGAACAACUAAGCAAAAAGAUAUGGGAGGCAACACUCCUUAAAGUGAGGUAUUCCCUCUAAACCCCCAAGAUAACUGAGAAAAACAAUACAAAGAUACAGGUUGCUCCAAUAAAAAUUGGUAAACCUCGAAGAGCUAAAUACCAGUAAGUAAAAUAUAGUCCAAAAAAGUGACAUUCCAUCUUCAGACUUUCUUGUGAUGUUCGCUGGACAGUUUCUCUUAGUAGCAGCAUAUGAAAGAGCAAAAAACCAGAAGGAAUCAAUAUGACAAUAAAGUGUUUGACAUACAACACUAAAAUGUAAAAAUGCCAACUCACAUAUAAUAGAGCUAUAACCAGCUCUGAAUAAAACAGCAGACAGUAGUUUUAUUAUCCCCACUUACAGGAUAUUCACCUUAGAGAGGAACGUAUAAAAGGAGCAAACUAGAUAAAAUGUUUUCAUAUUUUCUAUUCUAGAUGAUCAUUGACACUAUUAAAUUCCCUCCCUUGGUGUAGGAGUUACUUUAUAAGAUUAAACAUGUCUAUCCUAUAUUCUGUGAGGAGACAAGUUACCUCUCUGUAAUGUUGCGAUAUAUAUCUGCUAAAUAAUAGUACAGUGCAAUUAAAAUAUAAAUUGAGUUAUGUUAAUGUUAUAAUUAUUACACUCAGUAGGGAAAUAACACUGUCUAUAAAACUCAUAAUCAUUGCAGGAGCGUUGAGUCAAAGAUAAAUCAAAUACGUAAAAUUAGAUAAAAAAGAACACUUUGAUACAUUUAAGGGUUAAAGACCUAACAAACAAGAUGAUCUGAGAAUUAAAUCUGUAUUUUGAAUUUCACUAAUAUUUGUUUAAACAAUUAUGAUAGGCCCACGUAACCCAUUGUAUUCCAACAUGCAAAGAACAAAAUAAAAUUAUGACUUCUCUAAAUACCUGGUAACUAAUACAAUAAACAUUGUAUUUUAUACCUCAUUUUAAAGUAGAAUUUUUACACCCUAAUGUAAAAUGCUGUGUAUUUGAAUAUAUAUUUUUUUAAAAUGCAUUGUAUAACCUACUGUGAAUAUAUUUAAACACAAAAAUGGCACAUGCUUUUUUUCCCUUCAGUUGACCUUACCAUUGAUAGAAGAAAUCAGCCACCCAGCAAUGAGAACAAGACAUUGGAACCAGUUGGUUCGACAGACAGGGGGUUUGCUCCUUGUUACUCAGCAAAGUUUUAAGGCUCUGACACUCGGAGAUCUCCUAGCAAUGGGCUUAGAAAGUAAGUUUUCAGAUAGAUAUAUCAUUGAUAUACAGAGUUUUGAGUGAGUUUUUUUUCUUUCAUCCAUAAUAAGAGAUGAAUAAUGACAUGCUGAGUUUGUCAAAGGUUUGGCCUAAUUUAUCAUGAUGCUAACAAAACUCCCCACUUAAAUGUAUUACUCUCUCUGUAUACAAAAUUAUACAGAUUUAUUCACUAAACAGAGCAUGGUGGCUACAUGUUUCAAAUUCAUCAAUUUUUUACAGUUAGCAGGUUUGGUUUUCAAUUCUUUUAAUGAGCAAACCCCAUUGUUGUUUUUUAAUAUUCAGAAAUGAUGUUCCGCCAUUUAGCAGUAAGUUAUAGUGAGCUGACAAAUGAAUUGUAAAAUUUGGAACUAUAGCUGCACUCCUGACCAUGAUCUUGCAAACUGAUGUUUAAUUCUCAAGAACUCGCUGUUUAAUUAAUAUGUCUAAAUUUGUUUGCAACAUGAAAUCCUAAAGCUCAAAUAUUGAUUUAAAGCAAAUAAGAUCCUUAAAGGACACUCCAAACACUUAAAGCACUUUAGCUUGUUAAAAAUGCUUUAUGUGUGAACAGUGUGUCCUCUUUUAUUCAUUUUACAAAGUGUAGAUCUCAAUGGAAAUUUGCACAUUUAUAAAUUAACCUUGUUAUACCUUCGGCUGUUAGAAAAUCAGUAGUGUUACUUCCUGGUGGUUUAUCUCAGUGUAACUAAGCUCAAAGUUUUUAUGCCCUCAAUAAGAAAAAUGCAGAAAUUAAUGCAUGUAUGUUUUUAUUGGGGGUAUAUCUAUUAAAUUGUUAAAAAAAAAAGGGUAUGUAUUAUGAAAAUAAAUCAAUUAAUCCCCAAAAAGUGUAUACUUGGGCUAACGUUUGCCCACAAAAUUCAAAAUUCAAUUUAGUAUGAAGAAAAAUAAAAUGGUUUAUUUUGUCUUUGCUAUCACAUCACACGGAAAAACAAAUUUGACUGCCAUUGCUUGUUUCUAUUCAUCUACUUUUCUAACACGGGACUCUUCAUGGCAGCCCUUAAUCCUGUUUAAUGUGGAACAUCUUAUCUGAAUCUGGUAAGAAUGUAUCAAGGCCUCUGAACACUGUUAAAGGUUUCAGUAACACCCUCCAAUUCACUGCAUAGCACAGAUGACUAGAGUAACUGUAAUUACUGUAUGCAGGCAUUAAUCUGUUUAAACACAUUUUUUUUAUUAAUUCCCAUUCCAAAAUAUAACCAGGUUCAUUAGACAGAGUUAAAUCACAUAUUAAAAGGAAAGGAUAAAUAAGGUAAACCCUAUGACAAUAGCAACCCUUCUAAAAGAGAAGGGAAGGAGUGUCACAAGGAGAACCUAUAAAGGAAGUCACUAAACUUUCAGUUCUGAAUUUAGGUACUCAUAUUGAAACACAAGACUAAAACUAGCAACAGGCUAUAAGGUCCAGAUGCAGGUAUGACUGAGGAAAAUAUACUACAGAGUAGUUUGAAAUAACUUUAUUAAAUACUAAAUCAAAAGAUGAAUACAAAGAGGACAUAAGAGUAUUUCUGCAUAAAAGAUAUAUGUAAAACUUUGUAUAAAAUAAUUAGUGGGCUGCUAGGAAUUCUUGACCUAGGAGAGAUAAGGACCAUACUCUAUGUGAUUGUUAGAGAUGGGUGCUCAAUCCUCUGUGAUGGAGAAAAGCAAAUAAAUAAAUAAAUAUAUAUAUAUAUAUAUAUAACAAAAUUAUAAACGCAACACUUUUGUUUUUGCCCCAAUUUUUCAUGAGCUGAACUCCAAGAUCUAAGACUUUUCUAUAUACACAAAAGGUCUAUUUCUAUCAAAUAUUGUUCACAAAUCUGUCUAAAUCUUUGUUAGUGAGCACUUCUCCUCUGCCGAGAUAAUCUAUCCACCUCACAGAUGUGGCAUAUCAAGAUGCUGAUUAGACAGCAUGAUUAUUGCAAAGGUGUUCCUUAGGCUGGCCACAAUAAAAGGCCACUCUAAAAUGUGCAGUUUUAUCACACAGCACAAUGCCACAGAUUUCGCAAGUUUUGAGGGAGCGUGCAAUUGGCAUGCUGACUGCAGGAAUGUCCACCAGAGCUGUUGCCCGUGAAUUGAAUGUUCAUUUCUCUACCAUAAGCCGUCUCCAAAGGCAUUUCAGAGAAUUUUUCAGUACAUCCAUCCGGUCUCACAACUGCAGACCACAUGUAACCACACAAGCCCAAGACCUCCAUAUCCAGCAUCCUCACCUCCAAGAUCGUCUAUGACCAGCCACCCAAACAAUUGCUGCAAAAAUCAGUUUGCAUAACCAAAGAAUUUCUGCAAAAACUGUCAAAAGCCGUGUCGGGGAAGCUCAUCUGCAUGUUUGUCGUUCUCAUCGGGGUCUCGACCUGACUGCAGUUUGUCGUCGUAACUGACUUGAGUGGGCAAAUGCUCACACUACGAUGGCGUCUACAACCUGAUCAACUCUAUGCAAAGGAGAUGUAUUGCACUGCGUGAGGCACUAGAUACUAACUGGUUUUCGGACCCCCCUGGAAUCACUCCAGACCACCCAAUACAAUAAAACUGCACAUUUUAGAGUGGCCUCCAAUCCUCUCUCACAUUGUUAUUGGUCUGGCGAGUUGCCGGCAUUGCUGAUUGUCACUUCAGGGUCCGGUCGGCGCGAGGCACUUUACGGAGUUUCUGCUGUCUUAGGGUUCCAGUUUCCCCCUGUGCUGAGCGUCCUCUCUGCCUGAGUGCCUGUCUGUCCAUCUGGUCCCUCGUCCACAGGUUUUCGUGUUCCGUCAGCCUAGUCCGUAAGUCCAUACGGAUGGGCACUCCGUCUGUGCCAUUCCACAAACUAGGCUCCAUGUGUCUUGUCCGGGGCUCGAUGUGGUAG